CACACCACCAUCGAGGUAAAAGUCAAUUAAGGUACGCUGAUGGCUUUCGCUGUGUGGGCAAAAUAUUUAUUUACGGAGUAAGUUCUUUUUCUCGGCUGUGGAGGUCACAAGAGCGAGCGAGAGAGGUAGCUCAGUUUAGUUCAGUUGGUAUUUUGGAUUAUUGCCUUUGCAACGGCACCCCUGAUUUUUUUUUUUUUUUUCUACUGCUGCUGCUGUUUCUGUCUUAUUAAACAGAUCUUUUUUCCAGAGUGAUGUUAUGAUAUUCUUAUAUUCUUAUUGCUUAUUAUUUAUAUAAAAGAGUAAGAGUUUUUCCAAUAUAUUUGUGUGAUAAGGUUGUUAGAGAAGUCUUGUAGUGUUUCUGAUGUUUUGUAGUUUUGGGCAAUAUAACAGAAAAUGUUCUAGUGUUUCUUCAUCGUAGUUACAUAGAGGACAGCUUGUUUCUUAAUUUCUAUGUUUACUCCUCCAUCCUAACUCCAGGGUAUUUGUUCUAGCCUUGAACAACAAGUCGGAUGGUGAGGUGUUAUCAUGAAUUGCUGUCUCCGUCUUGAUUUAAUUUAUAUACUUUCUUUAUAUAGCUAAACUGUGUUUAGUUUCUAAUUCUGCUUCCCAGCAUUCAGUGUCCCAAUCCUUGAUUUUGUUGCUUAUCUCUUCUUUUCUCAUUUAUCUUUAUUCAAUUGACAUUUUAUAUUUAUUUCUAACAUAUAUGUCUUAACCGUUUUUAUCCAUGGAUCUUUCGAGGUUUCCAUUAUAUCUUCAAAGAUUGUUUUUAAUAAUGUAUUGUUGCCUUGCAUAAUGUGGCUUAUAUAGUUGAGUUCGGUCUUCAUGCCUCUUGCUGUGUGAGAUAAUACUCCUAUUUCACCUCUAAUUGCACUGUUUAUAGUAUAGAUUGGGGCAUUCAUUACAUAUAUGUAUGCUCUGUUUUCUGUUUUUUGCAUUGCAUCUUUGUAUACUUUACUACUUUUCCAUCAAACAUUAUUAAUGGUAGAACAACACUUUUCCAAUAUGUUGUUCCUAUGAGAACUUUAUUGCAGUAGAUGGUAUCAUAUUUGCAUAGCUGUUUGUCUUUUGCCUAGUAUUUAUGUUCAAGAAGAAAGUUCCUCUUGUUCGUUAUUUUUGUUCCUAAAUAAUUUAUUUGAUGAGUUACUUUUAUUUCUUCUGUGUUUUCCGUAGUUUUGUUCGGGUUAAAAAUUAAUAUGUUGCUUUUUUUUCCUUAUUUAAUUGCAAUCCACAGUUCUCUGCUGCUUUUACUAGUAGCUUUAUAUUUUGUUUAGCCUCAUCUUCAUUGGUUACGAGAAGCAUUCCAUCAUCGGCAAAAAAUACUGAGGCCAGGACACACACAUCACUCCUGAAUUUGGCAUUGGAUUGGUUAAGUUUUUCGAUGACAUAAUAUGUCACCAUAAGAAAUAUGACAGUUGACCCAUAGCAUCCUUGUCGUAUGCCAUUCAUUAUUUCAAUACUACACAUUUCUUUAUCAUUAAGCAAUAUUUUGGUGUUGUCCUCCGUAUAUACUUUGGCAAUGACUAUACACUUUGGGUGUAUCUUAUAUUUUAGCAUUACUUUCAUUAACAUUUAUCUGCUUAUACUGUCGAAUGGCUUUGCAAAGUCUACUGAUAUUAAUAUAAGUAAUCUCUUAUGUUCGUAACUCUUCUGUACACAGUAAUUUAGUACAAAUAGAUUGUCUGCUGUUCUUCUAUUUCCAGUAUAUGCAUUUUGUUCUUCCAUUAAUUUAUCAUUUUCUUGUAGAUGUCUUUGCAUUUUUUUUUUUUUUUAUGAUUCCCAUUAAUAAUUUAUCUGUGGUGUCUGUAAGGAUUAUUGGUCUCAGAUCUUUUAUUGUUGGUUUUCUUUUCUCAAAUAAAUUAAUAUUUAAAGUUAUCCAUGUAUCCGGGAUUAUUCCAGUAUCAAGGACAUCAUUUAACGUUUGCAGGAGUGUUGUUUUACAUUUAUCAUUGUGUAUCAUAGCAAUAAGGAGUUCUGUCUUAAUUUCAUUGGGUCCUGCUAUUUGGUAUUCUAACUCAGUCAUUGUUAUUUUACAAUCUUUCAUUGGUUUUAUAUCAUCAGUAUUUAUCAUGAAUACUGCAUCUGGGUGUUCUCUUAACUGAUGUGGUAUUGUUAAUUCAUUAUUAUCUAUAUUAAUUGAUUUAUUGUCAUAAUAGUUCUUGGGUGUAUUUUUUAUAUUCUUGUUUCAUAUUAUUAUUCCAUAUUUCAGGUAUAUUAUUUCUUUCACUGUUAUAAGUUUUCUCCCAAAAUUCUUUAAUUUUCAUAGGAUACUCAUGUAUUCUCUCUUGUACUCAUUUUUCGUCAUAUAGUAUAAACUCUUUUUUCUUCUCAUUACUUUUACCUCUUAACUUGUUUAUGUGCUGCCAGAUUUUUCUGUUGUUUUUGUCUGCUUUUAUUUCUGAAGUUCUUUGUUCUUCAUGUUUUGUUAAUUCACUUUUUAUUUUACUUUUCACACUUUCUUUUUGCUUGUAGUACAGUUCCUUAUAUUUCUUUUUUCUUCUAUAGUUGUUGAAUUUUGUAAUUUCUGGUUGAAUUUUUUUCUCUUUUUUUUAUUUCUGCUCUUAUUUCUUCAUUAAACGAAAUUGGUUUUAUUCUGCUAUCUUCCUCAUUUAGUUUUGCAUUCCCUAUUUUCAUUCUUCAGGUCCUUUUCAUUGUUUUAUCUACUGUUUCUUUUAUUUUUAUUUCUAAGUCUGACGUUGUGCAUUCACUGGUAUUCAGCUUUUUUCUAAUUUUUCCUUUGUAAUGUUUUCGUCAAUUUUCAAGUAAUGUGUUUCUUUGCACUUUGACCGUCCUUGGGUUCCCUGCAAUUUUCCAUGAUAACUAAAAUUCACAGUUAUUAGUUUAUGAUCUGAUAGAUCACACUCAUCACCAUUUUCAUCUAUUCUCAUAUUAUCAAAGUACUUAUAUAAUUAUUUAUCAAUGCAAAGUCAAUAGUACUACACUCACCUGCCCCAGCCUUCCUGCUCCACCACUGGCACUUCUGCCACACCUGCCGUGUUCCCACCCCUGCCACAGCAUACUGCUACAGUGCCCUCUGCACCUGCCAUAACAGUGCCCCAGCUUGGGGGCACUCAGGAGCUGCCUGCCACUAACUCCAUCCAGCACCUCAUGGCAGUGGUGAACAUGCUAGCUGCUAAAGUGGACAAUCUCUCUGAAACAGUCUCUGCCCUCAGUUAUCAGUUUGCCACUUUUAAGAAGAAGCAGCAACAAACAGUGCCCGGUGGAAUGCCCCCUGUGGCCCCCACCUCGUGUCCAGUCAGUAAUACUAAGCAGGACCAGGGAGACAGUGAAGUGUGCCUGCAGAGUGUGUGUAACCCACCCCAGGCUGAGGACAAUACUGCAGGGCAGUGUGCGGGUGCCGCUGCACCCUCUCCGAGGAAGGCUGCCCCAACCAAGCCAGUCACGGGAGCCACACGACAACCCCAGGGCCCUUCGGGGAUGGCUCCUGCUUCCCCAGUCUCAGAGGGCAAGUCACCUGAGGCAGACCAUGAUGGGGAUGCCAUCGGUGAAUGGACGUUGGUCACCCGCAGGAAGAGGCGCUGCUCCAUCCCCCUUCUAGUCCCAACUGCCAGCCCCAAGCCAGACCAGGGAUAUGUGAUGUCAGCCCUGCAGACUCUGGUGGAGCAGAUGUCUCGCCUGACACAGGACAUGGACGACCUAAAGACCCGGAUGCAACACCAUCACAAUGAACAGUCUUUGCUGAGUGACCACUUCGCCAUGGAGACGACCUUCCUGAUGCAGUCCGCCCCGGCAGUGCCCAGGAAGUGCCUGACAGUGCCACCAUCCAGGAUGACAGGCCUCAUUGUCCAUGUGAUGGCGUGGUACUCUGCCGUGAAGGCUUCCUUUGCCAAUGCAGAGCCACUGUACUAA